UGAUUGGCCUAGUUGGAGAGAAGGCACUGGGCAGGCAGCUGUCCAGAAAGCAGAAGACUCCAGAGACGGCGACAAGUUACACCCAGUAGAUCUCCGAGGAGGAAGUGGUCGGUUUCAUGAGGGAGUCACAGGAACUUGGUCCCUGAACAGGUGACAGGCAAAGACUAGCCGUGGCCUGCGUGAACAACCUGACAGCCUGAGCAGCAGAGCUGGGGACCUGCGAUCUCCGCAUCCAGCUAACCAUGGAGCAGUUUGGCUCUGGCCAUCGGCCCCUUAGGUGAGGACUCCAUCGGGGGCCGUUGCACGUUCCACAUCAUGGAGGUGAAGAGGACUCUUCCAGCUAGGGGAGCUGCCCUUUGAAAGCCGGGGUCCAGCUGCUGGUUCUUCUGCCAACCAUCUUCAGGAGAGGCUCCUGUUCCUGCUGGCCCACGGAUGGGGAGGUGGGCCCUCGACUUGGCCUUUGUGUGGAAGGCAGUGCUGACCGUGGGCCUGGUCCUUCUCUACUACUGCUUCUCCAUAGGCAUCACCUUCUACAACAAGUGGCUGACAAAGAGCUUCCACUUCCCCCUCUUCAUGACCAUGCUGCACCUGGCCGUGAUCUUCCUCUUCUCGGCCCUGUCCAGGGCGCUGGUUCAGUGCUCCAGCCACAGGGCCCGUGUGGUGCUCAGCUGGACUGACUACCUCAGGAGAGUGGCGCCCACAGCACUGGCAACAGCACUUGAUGUGGGCUUGUCCAACUGGAGCUUUCUCUACAUCACCGUGUCACUGUACACAAUGACCAAAUCGUCUGCCGUGCUCUUCAUCCUGAUCUUCUCUCUGAUCUUCAAGCUGGAGGAGCUGCGUGCAGCCCUGAUCCUGGUGGUCCUUCUCAUCGCUGGGGGCCUCUUCAUGUUUACCUAUAAGUCCACACAGUUCAAUGUGGAGGGCUUUGCCUUGGUGCUGGGGGCAUCAUUCAUCGGCGGCAUCCGCUGGACCCUUACACAGAUGCUUCUGCAGAAAGCUGACCUGGGCCUUCAGAAUCCUAUCGACACCAUGUUCCACCUGCAGCCACUCAUGUUUCUGGGGCUCUUCCCUCUCUUUGCUGUAUUUGAAGGUCUCCAUUUGUCCACCUCAGAGAAAAUCUUCCGCUUCCAAGAUGCAGGGCUGCUCCUGCGGGUUCUCGGCAGCCUCUUCCUUGGCGGGAUUCUAGCCUUUGGUUUGGGCUUCUCUGAGUUCCUCCUGGUCUCCAGAACAUCUAGUCUGACUCUCUCCAUCGCUGGCAUCUUUAAGGAAGUCUGCACUCUGCUGCUGGCGGCUCACCUGCUGGGCGAUCAGAUCAGCCUCCUGAACUGGCUGGGCUUUGCCCUCUGUCUCUCGGGCAUCUCCCUGCACGUGGCCCUCAAGGCCCUGCAUUCCAAAGGUGAUGGUGGCCCUAAGCUCACGAAGGGCCUGGGCCCCAGCGCUGACCUGGAGCUGCUGCUCCAAAGCAGCCAGCGGGAGGAAGACGACGAUGAGUAUUUUGUGACCUAGGGGCGAUGGUGACCAGUCCAGGAGCAGCUGAAGCAGCCAGCACUGCUGGCUCCCUGGUGGGGGCUGGGAGCCCAGCUGCAAGGGGCGGUCUCAGAGUCACCUGUAGGACCCUGGUAGGAAUGGGGAGCGGCUCCUGCCCUUUCCUGUGGAGGUUGGUCCAAAAGUGAAUGCCACCAUCACCCAGGACCUGACCUGGCAGUGAAGGAAGCCAGUGGCGUUUUCUCCACUGUGGCUUUGAGGGCUGGAUGAACUUGACAUGUGUGGUAGCUCUCAGGUUAUUGGGUUCAGACUGCAGGGCCUCUCGAAGGAGUCAUGGGGAGACUGGACCUCAUCACCUGGACCACAGCUUCCUCAGAGAGUAGAUUUAUUUAUAGUUGAGGUAAUGAUUUCCUCCUCCACGGCCCAAUGUUGCCUGAGGCAUGAGCACAAGCGAGCCCUGGGGCCUGGCCUCCCCUUCCUUCCCCUGCCUGGGGCUGUUUCCCUGCCCUCCUAGCUCAUGCUACUCUUUGUGCCCCAGACGCAUCCUUGGGGCCACACUGUGGACCCACCACCAGAAAUAAAGGAGUAUCUGUCCAGUA